AUGGAUGAACAAAAUAAUCGCGUACAAGUGAAACGGGUAACGAGACAAAAUGCAAAUAGCGCAGAAAAGUUGACGUCGGUGCUGCGAAGUCGUUGCUACAUGAGCGGCUGCAAAAAUAACCGCAUUUGUCGCGAAAAGCAAACAACGAUGGCGAUGUUUCUCUUUCCGAGUGACCUGAAUUUGGCGAAAUUUUGGCUCGGGAUUUGCAAUCAUCAUCCGUUCGAGUGUCCCUAUCACGGACAAACGAUUUGCAAGGAUCACUUUCAGGUAGAAAAUUUAGAAUCCGGAAGUUUGACAGAUUUGGAGGGAAUUGUAUUGAAGCCGAAUGUCAUUCCAACGGCAAAAAUCCCAAAUAUCGCGUAUCCGAAGGUAAUGGAGUACUUGAAGCAACAAAAGGAGGGAAAAAGUUUAGAUGCGACGCCAAUUGGAGUGGAAUUUACGUGUUUGAAGACUUUUUGCCCGGUUAAUCCGAAUGGCAAGCCGACAGUUAUUCGAUGUUAUGCGAACCCGAAGAAAGCUGCGAGCACGUCGAAUGAAAGCCCGUCGAGUAGCGGAGUUAGAAUUACACUCAAACGUCGCAAUCCCGAUGGCACAGAAGAAGUUCAACCAGGCCCUAAAAUUUUCAUCACCGCAAAACCCAAACCUGUAAAUACCGAAAAGAAAUCUCCUCCGAAACCUCUAAAUCUGAAUCCAUCAUGUGAAGUUACCGAACGAAAACUCGUUUUAAUCCCCGUCGAAGUCCAAGAUCGCAUCACGCAAGUAAUGAGCUACAUGACUCACAUCAUUCAAGACUUCAUGGCAUUCCAAAUUCACAUCACACAUCUCGAACAAGCUGUCGUUUGUGCCAACGAAAAAAUCGCCAACAAGCUAUCCAAGUCGCCAAACGUCGAAUCUCGCGCUUACAAGCGAUUUCAAGCGUUAAAUAAUUUUCUGUUGGCUCUUUAUGAGAUUCAUGGCGCGCGAUCUUCCGACGUGAUAGGUUAUUGUACAAAAAUUUGGCGUCGCAUCGUCGAUUGCCAUCAAGAAUUGAAGACUGGGGGAAAGUUGAAGACUUUUAUCACUGCCGCCAAUGGAUGUCUCGUGACAAUUGUGAGAGCGAUCGAUGCAAUUUCGCUGCUGAAAGGUCUUUGGAAGAACUUGCAUCUGAAAAUUGAUGAAAAUGACGUCGAAUCUGAUGAAGAUUGGGAGACUUUGGAUGCUUUAAUAAGCGAUCACAUUGCCGAUGCCACGGAAAAAUUGGAUGCAAUUGAUGUUGAAGUCCAUUUUACGAGGCAAAAAAUUUUGGAUAUCAAAAAACCAUCAAUUCGUAUAUUGGAGAUUACCCAAUUAGACGUUGAUAGUGACUUAAUUUACAUUUCGACAGCGAAUCAGGGUGCUGAGAGACAAUCUUGUGAUAAUAAAGGUCCUUCAAACUUAACAAGGAUCAUGAAAAAGCCUCGGAGACGAUCGUCAACCGUUGAAUUGGGAGAAAUUAUCGAAAAAGAACCUCAAACUUCGAUAGAACAAGCCAAAACUGCCUCUCCUGUGACUGUUGUUCAACCCCAAACAGCUGAAAUCGCGCCAUCAAUUACCAUUCCAGCAACAAAUUCAACUCUGAACAAUUUUCAGCCAUCUCUUGCUUAUCCAACGAUGCCUACAAUGCAAGCGCAAUUGAUACCAACACUCCAAAUGGAUGCUUUUGGGAACCAAUCUGUCGUUUAUCAGCUUGCGUAUCAACAAGUGACGCCAACAAUACCUCAGGGAAUUACCGUUACCCAAAAUCCGCAGUACACGAUGAUGCCCUCGAUGUACAAUACGGGAUUUCAGACAGUUUCUAAUCAACAAGCAUCGCCAACGAUGAUCACAGCACCGCAAAAUUUGCCGCCUCAGGAGCCAACGAGUUACCAAAAUACGGAAAAACCGCCGGAAGAGGAGAUUGUUGUCGUAAAAACAGUUCCUGAAGAAGAAAAAGUAGAAGAAGAAGUUAAAAUUAAAGAAGAACCUCCUGAGGAAGUUGCAAAUAUGGAGUCUGUUGAAGAGCAACCUUUUAUUAAACAUGAGCCUGAAUGGAAUGAAGAAUCAGAAGAUGCUCAAAAAUAAUUUUAGAGGUUAAUUUAA